ACCAUGUGGGUGAAUCCGGAGGAGGUGCUGCUAGCCAACGCGCUGUGGAUCACCGAGCGGGCCAACCCCUACUUCAUUCUGCAACGGAGGAAGGGCCACGGGGGCGACGGGGGAGGCGGCGGCGGAUUGGCGGGCCUCCUGGUGGGUACCCUUGAUGUAGUGUUGGAUUCCAGUGCCCGUGUCGCACCAUACCGAAUCCUGUACCAGACUCCAGAUUCUCUCGUCUAUUGGACCAUCGCCUGCGGUGGCUCCAGGAAGGAGGUGACUGAGCACUGGGAAUGGCUCGAGCAGAAUCUAUUGCAGACGCUCUCCAUCUUCGAGAACGAGAAUGACAUCACCACAUUUGUAAGAGGAAAAAUACAGGGCAUCAUCGCAGAGUACAACAGGAUCAACGACGUGAAGGAAGAUGACGACACCGAGAAGUUUAAGGAGGCCAUCGUGAAGUUCCACAGGCUGUUUGGGAUGCCCGAAGAAGAGAAACUUGUCAACUACUACUCUUGCAGCUACUGGAAGGGGAAGGUUCCCCGGCAGGGCUGGAUGUACCUCAGCAUUAACCACCUGUGCUUCUCCUCCUUCCUCAUGGGCAGGGAAGCCAAGCUGGUGAUCCGGUGGGUGGACAUCACUCAGCUGGAGAAGAAUGCCACGCUGCUUCUGCCAGACGGGAUCAAAGUGAGCACACGAUCCAGUGAGCAUUUCUUCUCCGUGUUCCUCAACAUCACCGAGACGUUCAAGCUGAUGGAGCAGCUUGCCAACAUAGCCAUGAGGCAGCUCUUGGACAAUGAAGGAUUUGAACAAGACCGGUCCCUGCCAAAACUCAAGAAGAAAUCUCCCAAAAAAGUGUCCGCCCUGAAACGUGAUCUGGAUGCCAGGGCGAAGAGUGAGCGGUACCGUGCCCUUUUCCGGCUGCCCAAAGACGAAAAGCUGGACGGCCACACCGACUGCACCCUCUGGACUCCCUUUAACAAGAUGCACAUUUUGGGUCAGAUGUUUGUCUCCACGAAUUACAUCUGCUUCACCAGCAAGGAGGAAAACCUCUGCAGCCUCAUCAUCCCACUCCGCGAAGUGACCAUUGUGGAGAAGGCCGACAGCUGCAGUGUCCUCCCCAGCCCCCUGUCCAUCAGCACCAGGAACAGAAUGACCUUCCUGUUCGCCAACUUGAAAGACAGAGACUUCCUGGUACAGAGGAUCUCGGAUUUCCUGCAGCAGACGACUUCUCGAAUCUACUCAGACAGAGAGUUCUCGGGAAGCUGCAACAGUUCAGAUGACGAGGUGUACUCUCGGCCCAGCAGCCUCGUUUCUUCCAGCCCCCAGAGGAGCACCAGCUCUGAUGCCGAUGGCGAGCGCCCCUUUAACCUCAACGGCAACAGUGUCCCCACAGCCACACAGACCCUCAUGACCAUGUACCGGCGGCGAUCUCCAGAAGAGUUCAACCCGAAACUGGCCAAAGAGUUUUUAAAAGAACAAGCCUGGAAGAUUCACUUUGCUGAGUACGGGCAGGGGAUCUGCAUGUACCGCACGGAGAAGACUCGGGAACUGGUGCUGAAGGGGAUCCCAGAGAGCAUGCGUGGGGAGCUCUGGCUGCUACUCUCAGGGGCCAUCAACGAGAAGGCCACGCACCCCGGGUACUAUGAGGACCUAGUGGAGAAGUCUAUGGGCAAAUACAAUCUCGCCACCGAGGAGAUUGAGAGAGACUUACACCGCUCCCUCCCAGAACACCCAGCCUUCCAGAACGAAAUGGGCAUCGCCGCGUUGAGGAGAGUGUUAACGGCUUAUGCUUUCCGCAAUCCCAACAUAGGGUAUUGCCAGGCCAUGAACAUUGUCACCUCAGUGCUGCUUCUCUACGCCAAGGAGGAGGAGGCGUUCUGGCUCCUCGUGGCCUUGUGUGAGCGGAUGCUUCCCGACUACUACAACACCAGAGUUGUAGGGGCCCUGGUGGACCAGGGAGUCUUCGAGGAGCUGGCUCGAGACUAUGUCCCACAGCUGUACGACUGCAUGCAGGACCUGGGCGUGAUUUCCACCAUCUCCCUGUCGUGGUUCCUUACUCUGUUCCUCAGCGUGAUGCCCUUUGAGAGCGCAGUGGUGGUCGUGGACUGUUUCUUCUAUGAAGGAAUCAAGGUGAUAUUCCAGCUGGCCCUUGCUGUGCUGGACGCCAACGUGGACAAGCUUCUCAACUGCAAGGACGAUGGGGAGGCCAUGACGGUUCUGGGAAGGUACCUAGACAGUGUGACCAACAAAGACAGCACCCUGCCUCCCAUCCCUCAUCUCCACUCGCUGCUCAGUGAUGACGUGGGGCCCUACCCUGCGGUGGACAUCUUCAGACUCAUAGGAACAUCCUACGAGAAAUUCGGAACAAUCCGGGCAGAUUUGAUUGAACAGAUGAGAUUCAAGCAGAGGUUGAAAGUUAUCCAGACCCUGGAGGACACCACCAAACGCAACGUGGUGCGGACCAUCGUGACAGAGACCUCGUUUACCAUCGACGAGCUGGAAGAACUGUACGCUCUUUUCAAGGCUGAACACCUAACCAGCUGUUACUGGGGCGGGAGCAGCAACGCCCUGGACAGGCACGACCCCAGCCUGCCUUACCUGGAGCAGUACCGCAUCGACUUUGAGCAGUUCAAGGGCUUGUUCGUGCUUCUUUUUCCCUGGGCGUGCGGCACUCACUCCGACGUGCUGGCCUCCCGCUUGUUCCAGCUGUUAGAUGAGAACGGGGACUCCUUAAUUAACUUCCGGGAGUUCGUCUCUGGCCUGAGUGCUGCAUGCCACGGGGACCUCACAGAGAAACUCAAACUCCUGUACAAAAUGCACGUCUUGCCAGAGCCAUCCUCCGAUCAAGACGAGCCCGACUCUGCCUUUGAAGCCACUCAAUACUUCUUUGAAGACAUCACCCCAGAAUGCACACAUGUCGUUGGGUUGGACAGCAGGAGCAAACAGAGCGCGGAAGACGGCUUCGUCACAGUGAGUCUGAAGCAGGACAAAGGGAAGAGGGCAAAUUCUCAAGAAAACCGUAAUUAUCUGAAACUCUGGACUGCAGAAAAUAAGUCUAAGUCAAAAAAUGCGAAGGAUUUGCCCAAGUUGAAUCAGGGCCAGUUCAUCGAGCUCUGUAAGACCAUGUACAACAUGUUCAGCGAAGACCCCAACGAGCAGGAGCUGUACCACGCCACGGCCGCAGUGACCAGCCUCCUGCUGGAAAUCGGAGAGGUGGGCAAGUUCUUCAUUACCCAGCCUGCCAAAGAGGAAGGCGUCACCGGACCACCCUGCAGCCAGGCCCUCCCGGGCAUGCUCUUCCCCAAGAAGGGGCCCAGCCAGCCCUACACGGUGGAAUCGGCAGAACCACUCCCAGCCAGCCUGGCAGCUGACAGUGAGGAACACUCCCUGGGAGGGCAGAUGGAGGAUAUUAAGCUGGAGGAUUCCUCGCCCAGGGACAAUGGAGCCUGCUCCUCCAUGCUCAUCUCUGAUGAUGACACCAAGGACGACAGCUCCAUGUCCUCCUACUCGGUGCUGAGUGCCGGCUCCCACGAGGAGGACAAAUUGCACUGUGAGGACAUUGGGGAGGACACAGUCCUGGUGCGUAGUGGCCAGGGCACGGCCGCUCUGCCCGGGAGCAGCAGCCUAGACCGGGACUGGGCCAUCACCUUCGAACAGUUUCUGGCCUCACUCUUGACCGAGCCUGCUCUGGUGAGGUACUUUGACAAGCCAGUGUGCAUGAUGGCCAGGGUCACCAGUGCAAAGAACAUUCGUAUGAUGGGCAAACCCCUCACCUCCGCCAGUGACUACGAAAUCUCUGCCCUGUCCGGCUGAUACGGGAAGACAGGCAAAGGGGUUUUUAUGUUCGUCUGCGUUGGGGGGGAGGGGAGUCUUUUCUUUUAAAUUAAAUAUUUAUUAGUACCUGGCUUGAAGCCUAGUGUUUUCAUAAUGUAAUACAAUUUAAACUGGAGAGAAAUAGAUAAACACCCCCAAAGUAAGGCACUAGCAUUCUGCCUGUGGGGUAUGGUGACCAGAAUCUAGUUUAUUCAGUGAAUCCCCCCUAAAAAACCGAACUGUCAGUGAUAUGUGUAUUAUAACUUAGUGCUCUUGCUGUUCAGCUGGAUCCGUGGUGUAAAACCAGUGCUGUCUGAUGCUAACAGACGGGCGUGCUCUGUGCAUUCGGGCUCCGAAAUAAAGUUAGGUCUGGGAGGAAAUGGAGCAUUGCAAACACGAGGCUGUUUUCAGAAGGAAGGGGCAUUGUUGGCUGGAUAAAUCUUGAACUACUUUAGUAAGUCUUAAAAAUAUUUUUUAAGAUUUGAAAUAUAUUUCAUAAAAAAUCGUCUAUCCAAAAAUCGUAUUCUACACUGGUUCCCCCUUCAAGGAGGACACAUUUGGGUUCCAAGCAGUUAUGAAAAUGGAAGCAAUGUUUACACGAGGCUGGAAUGACAGAUUUGAUCCGUUUGGACAUCGACAACUUGUUCUAAUUAUUUCUGUCAGCUGGGCCAGAAAGCAACAGGAUCAUCUGAGAAUCCGAACGUGAAAGCAACGGGAUCAGCUUUUUGUCUCAAUUUUUGUCUUUGGAAGGACUAGAAGUCUUGACGCUUCUCAUCUGGGUCUUUAGAUUCUUGUUACUCGUUGAAAAUACGGCAAAAAAAAAAAAAAAAAAAAGUAACAAAAAACAAAACAAUGCCCUUUGCCAUUCCCAUGUAUAUCAUGUAUCACGUAUGACCAACUUUCCUUAAGUCGGUGUAGACGUUAUGUAUGCAGUGAAGGGAUUCUGCAAGACAACGUAACUAGAUGUUUAAAACAGAACCUGCCACUUUUUAGAACAGAAUAGAAUGCUCUGUCUGCUGAAGGGAUGUGGAAAUCAACGCUGGCACACCUGCACUUUGAAUUCAUGCUUGUUUCGUACCGUUACGCCUUUGUUUGUCUCAGAGGCCGGGGAACGCCCCCUUACUCUGGCCUCGCAAUCACGCUCACGGUUCCUUUGCUUGUUCUGACAUACUUUCCCACACACUCCCUUCUUUUAUUACACACGCGUCCUUCAUUUAGCUGUUGCAGCUGUAAUUUUUUUACCUUGUUUACAGAAUGAUUUUUAAAUUGUCAAAUGAAGUAGUAUGAACCUCAACUAGGGUAAAUGUGAACAAUUAAAACGCUUCAGAAGUGA